GUCUUCCCCCAAAAAACCCCACACAACAAGCAAGACAAAAGCAGCCAAAAGAGAAGGGGAGGGGAAGAAGGAAACUCCAGCCAUGGCGCAGCAGCUGCUCCUCCUCCUCCCCGCGCCAUCCAGAACCUUCUCGAAGCCUGCGCCCUCCCCAUGCCCCUCCGCCGUCCCCCAGCGUCAUCUCCUCGCCGUCUCUGCCGCUCCCGGGGUAGCCGCCGCCGCCGCCGCCUCUUCCGCCCGCCGCGACCUGCUCCGAUGCGUAAUGAAGCGUUCAGACUUGGUGGCGGAGCUGGAGAUUGCCAAGGAUAAGCAGCCGCAGAGCAGGCGCGCCAAUGGCAUCUUCUGGAUCUUGCUGCUCAAUUUUGGCCUCUACGUGGCGGAUCACCUGUUUCAGAUUCAGCAAAUAAAAGCACUGUACCUAUAUCAUGCUUUCCCUGCAUGGUACCAGUUUGUGACAUCAACAUUUUGCCAUGCCAACUGGAAUCAUCUUUCGAGCAAUCUGUUCUUUGUGUAUAUUUUUGGAAAGCUUGUUGAGGAGGAAGAAGGUAACUUUGCUUUGUGGAUGUCUUACAUUUUGACUGGUGCUGGGGCAAACUUGAUUUCAUGGUUGGUUCUUCCGACAUCCUGUGUGUCACUUGGAGCAUCUGGUGCUGUUUUUGGCCUUUUCACCAUUAGUGUUCUAGUUAAGAUGUCAUGGGACUGGAGAAAGAUUCUUGAGGUGCUUAUCCUGGGCCAAUUUGUUGUAGAGAAGGUAACUCACAGCCAGGGAUUACUUUACCGGCCAAAAACCGGCGGUAAACCCGGUUUACCGGUUUUACCGGUGGGUACCGGUAAAAAAAAUAAACCGGUCAUGGAAGCAGCACGUGCUACAACAAUCACGGGCCAAUCGUUUCAAGUAAACAAUAUUGCUCAUGUAUCAGGUGCUUUAAUAGGUGCUGCGUUGGUGUUCCUGGUCAGCAGAAUCCCCUUUUCAUCUAAUGAUGAUAGUCCCAAGGCAACAAAGGAGAGUAAAUAGAAAAGAAACCUUGUUUAUGAACGACGUGGUCAUCCUGACAGAGUGUUAUCAUUCAUUACAAUUUCAUUCUUUACAUGAUAGUGUUACGAUCCUAGGAAUUUCCUGAGCCGACCUACACAGAUGAAUAGUAUAUUAGCAUUUAUUUGAAUAGCUCGGGAAAUUCUAGAAUUUAUUAGCAUUUAUUUGAAUAGGAAACUAUGUGAGGGUGGGUAGGCUCGGGAGAAAAGAAGAGGAAUGGUCUGCGGGAGGGAAUCCAGCCCGAGGUGCUUUCGUUUUUCUUUUUAUAUUCCUUGUAUUAUAUGUACAUCAUGUAUAUUAUUUAGUACACUUUAUAAACAGCAUAUAUAUAUAUAUAUAUAUAUAUUUUGA